CAUGCGCGGUGUCAGAACUCGCGCUCUAUUGAACCGGGCAGCUUUAUUGAUAGACGGCGCGGCGUACAUCGUUGCUAUGGCUGAGCUGGUGCAGGCCACGCAGUCCCGGAGCAGUCUGCAGUCUCCAGCCAGCGGGCAGAGCGCGACCACCACGGCGGCGGGAAGCAGCUCAGGCAGCAGUGACCCAGCUAGGCCCGGGCUAAGCCAGCAGCAGAGAGCCAGCCAAAGGAAAGCUCAAGUUAGGGCCCUUCCCCGGGCCAAGAAGCUAGAGAAGCUCGGAGUGUUCUCGGCUUGUAAGGCAAAUGAUGUGUGUAAAUGCAAUGGAUGGAAAAACCCGAACCCACAGACAGCACCAAGAAUGGACCUCCAGCAGCCUGCGGCCAGCCUGAGCGACCCAUGCCGAAGCUGUGGUCAUUCCCUUGCUGACCAUGUGUCACAUCUAGAAAAUGUUUCUGAAGAUGAAAUCAAUCGGUUGUUGGGCAUGGUGGUGGAUGUGGAGAACCUCUUCAUGUCUGUUCACAAGGAGGAGGAUACAGAUACCAAACAGGUCUAUUUUUACCUGUUUAAGCUUCUUAGAAAAUGUAUUCUGCAGAUGAUCCGACCAGUGGUGGAAGGGUCCCUGGGAAGUCCACCCUUUGAAAAGCCAAAUAUUGAACAGGGGGUACUAAAUUUUGUGCAGUACAAAUUCAGCCACCUGCCACCAAAGGAACGCCAGACAAUGUAUGAGCUCUCUAAAAUGUUUCUACUUUGUUUAAAUUACUGGAAGCUUGAAACCCCAUCGCAGUUCCGACAGAGGUCCCAGAAUGAGGAUGUGGCAACCUAUAAGGUUAACUACACAAGGUGGCUUUGUUACUGUCACGUUCCUCAGAGCUGUGAUAGCUUACCGCGGUAUGAAACCACACAAGUGUUUGGACGGAGUUUGCUACGCUCCAUCUUCACGGUUACACGCAGACAACUUCUGGAGAAAUUUAGAGUGGAGAAGGAUAAGCUGGUUCCAGAGAAGAGGACACUUAUUCUUACCCACUUCCCCAAGUUCCUCUCCAUGUUGGAAGAAGAAAUUUAUGGCGAGAACUCUCCAAUCUGGGAGGCAGAUUUCACAGUCCCCAACACGGAGGUUCCCCAGCUAGUGCCCCGUCCAGCUGCUGUAAACACUACUGCUGCCCCCAGUACUCCACUCUUCAGCAACAGCCUGAACAACAACUCCACUCUAUCAUCCAAUGGAGAUGCUGGGAUUUCAGAACCCCUACAAGGAGAAAAAAGGAAACUGUCCGACAGCCUGACAAUAGAGGAUGCCAAGAGAAUCCGGGUUAUGGGUGAUAUACCUAUGGAACUAGUAAAUGAAGUUAUGCUAACCAUCACUGACCCUGCUGCUAUGUUGGGUCCAGAUACAAGUUUACUAUCUGCUAAUGCUGCACGUGACGAGACAGCACGCCUAGAGGAGCGCAGGGGGAUCAUUGAGUUCCAUGUGAUUGGAAACUCUUUGUCUCAGAAGUCUAACAAGAAGAUUCUUAUGUGGCUUGUUGGCUUACAGAACGUCUUCUCACAUCAACUUCCACGAAUGCCCAAGGAAUAUAUCACGCGGCUCGUCUUUGACCCGAAACACAAAACUCUUGCACUUAUUAAAGAUGGUCGGGUUAUUGGUGGCAUCUGUUUUCGUAUGUUCCCCACUCAAGGUUUCACAGAGAUUGUGUUUUGUGCUGUUACUUCUAAUGAGCAAGUGAAGGGAUAUGGCACCCAUUUGAUGAACCAUUUAAAGGAGUACCACAUCAAACACAACAUCCUCUACUUCCUCACAUAUGCAGAUGAAUAUGCUAUUGGCUAUUUCAAAAAGCAGGGUUUUUCAAAAGACAUCAAAGUACCCAAAAGUCGUUAUCUGGGUUACAUCAAAGAUUAUGAAGGUGCCACCUUGAUGGAGUGUGAACUAAAUCCUCGCAUUCCAUACACUGAACUCUCCCACAUCAUAAAGAAGCAGAAGGAGAUCAUUAAGAAAUUGAUUGAGCGCAGACAGGCACAGAUUCGCAAGGUCUAUCCCGGCUUGACAUGUUUUAAAGAAGGUGUACGGCAGAUCCCGGUAGAAUGUAUCCCAGGCAUAAGAGAAACUGGGUGGAAGCCAUCUUGCAAGGAAAAAGGGAAGGAGAUUAAGGAUCCAGACCAGUUAUACAAUGUCCUGAAGAACUUGUUGGCACAGAUAAAGGCACAUCCAAGCGCUUGGCCAUUCAUGGAACCUGUCAAGAAGUCUGAAGCCCCAGAUUACUAUGAAGUGAUUCGUUUUCCAAUUGAUCUGAAAACCAUGACUGAAAGACUGAAGAACAGGUAUUAUGUGACCAAGAAGAUCUUCAUUGCUGACCUGCAGAGGAUCAUCACCAACUGUCGAGAGUACAACCCCCCUGACAGCGAGUACUGCAAGUGUGCCAAUACCCUGGAGAAAUUCUUCUACUUCAAGCUGAAGGAAGGUGGACUGAUAGACAAAUAACUCCAGCUGGAAACAGCUGUGGAACGACCAUUUCAUUCCUCCUCCAUGAAUUUCAAGGGGUUCCACAAGCUUGAGGGCACCACUGCCUUAGGACUAGUGCGUAAAAGCCAGGUUCAUGUAUGUUUACCACCCUCUACGAGGAGUCUAAACUGAGCGAGUUGGUGGGGAUGUUCUAGAGAAGGAUGAUGUCUGCCCGCUACUCCAUACAUGUCUCUGCACUUUGGGGGUCACAUCACUUGACAGGACUGCAUAGUUUUCUUUG